CAUUUAAUUUUUUAAACUUUACAUAUAUUUUUUCAUAUAUAUAUAUAUAUAUCAUACUUUUAAUAGUAAAAAAUGGGCGCUUGAAUUCAAAACAAUAAUAAUUUUUAGGAUAAAGUGCAAAAAAUACCCGUAUAGCUGUUUAGAGAGCGUAUAACAUUGUUCCUCAUGUGCUAAUCGACCUCAUUUUGCUUUGUGUCUAUUUUCAUCAUUUUGCAAACUCUAUCUUAAAUGUGUCAGGAGUGCCCCAUUUGCACAAAUUAAAUCUUUAGAGGUAUUUUCUCCAUGUAAAGGUGUGAUACGCCAUGUAAACAUAUUAAAUGGGUGUUUUAUUUGGGCUUGGGCUUGACCCAUUAAUAAUAUGAUAGAUUUGUUUCAAAUGUAAAUAUACUAUACAAGCGCAUUAAUGAGAUAUGGCCCGAAGACAAGGAGUGUCACAAGUAACAAACGUGACCCAAAGGCACAGCACACAACCGAAGGAAGACACCUUAUUGUUUUCAAAUUAAUGACCGUUAGUAAACAACCAAAUUGUGCAAAUUCAGAGACUUUCAGCAGCAGUGAGCUUCCCUACACCUAGUUCAGGCGUCGGAAGCGGUAAGAUGACAGACUCAGGUAACUCCCCCAUACACAUGAUAUGUCCGGCAAUAGUAGAGUCAUGGAAAGAGCAUGACAUCAGUUUUAAUCUAACUGGAUCAAGGGUUUUCAUCAAGGGUUCUCUUCAGAACAGAGGUGCCCACACGUGAUUUCCCUUGCAUGACUCUCCGAUUGCUUUCAGUCCAAAUAUUAGGCCAUCGAAGCGAAGCAGAGAUUGGAAAUGGUGGUUAUGAUUUGGCACACCAAUAAAUGGAUACCCAUCUCACCAUUUCAGAACCCACAACCUGUUUGAAUAAAUGACCAAAUGGGCCUGCUCUCCCCCCACCCCCACUCCGUUCCGAAGCAAAUCACAAUAGAUCUCUCAUUCAAAAAAUAGCAUACGAAGCUUUAAGAAACCACUGUGGCCACACUUCCCACUCAAAAUCCAUUGCUCACUUCACAAUUAAGCAAUUACAUUACAAUACAGUUUAAAGCAGCCCUUCUUUAACAGUAAGGAUCUCAAAUUCUUUGCUUGCUUAGUCAAAUGUAUAAAGCUGUUAGAAGAGGUCGACAAGCAUUAAUAGCUAAAAAUAUGUAGUACAUAAAACAGUGUUGAGAUGUGCAAGGACUUUGAUCAUGCCAACACUGUAUGUGUGAAAGCUUUUCCAGGACUGUCUCAGACUUCCAACUUCCAAUCAAUGGGGUCAUCACACACUGCCUCUCCUCACAAGUACCCAUACCCAAUAGAGGUUAAUGUGAGGGAAUUUGUUCCAAUCAGCCUCUCUAAUCGAAACUACUUCCCAUGGAAAACGCUGAUGCUUCGUCUUAUUUCGAAUCAAGGCCUGGUUGGCUUCAUCAAUGGUGAAGUUUUAGCCCCACCUAAACGGAUCAUGGUACCAGAUGAAGAUGAUGAUAGCUCCACCAAUGGCAUGAAGGAGAUAGCAAACAGGGAUUACUGGGACUGGAAAAGAUCGGAUGCCUUGUUGCAACGAUGGAUUAUAGGGACCAUCAAUGAAGAUGUUUUUCCGCAUGAAUUGGUGCGGUUCAAAACUUCUAAAGAUAUGUGGUCAAAGUUAAUAAACCUGCAUGAAAGAAAAAUUGAGUACCCAUACCCAGUAGCGAUCAAAGUAAGGGAUUAUGUUUCCAUCAAGCUCUCUACAGAUAACUAUCUCCGGUGGAAAAGGUUGAUCCGUCGUCUAAUUAAGAGUCAAGGGUUGCUUGGUUUCAUCAACGGUGAGGUUUCAGCACCACCUGAAAGGAUCACAGUACCAAAUGAUGAUGAUGAUGAUGAUGAUGAUGAUAGUUUUAUCAGUGGGACAAAGAAGAUAGAAAAUCAGCAUUACAGCGCCUGGAACAAAACAGAUCUGCUUUUGCAGACCUGGAUUAAAGAGACAACGGAUGAAGACGUCCUUGCAUUGUUGCCAGAACAUGUGAAAACAGCAGAAGACAUGUGGAAAGCGCUCCAAACAUGCUUAAAUUUUGGUGAAGAAACAAAAGAAGAUACAAUUAGCACAUACUUGCCGUUGCACAAUGCUGCACUGACAGGUGACUGGGAGAGAGCAAAAAAAUUUAUUAGACAAAACCCAGAGGCAAAGAGGGCCUUCGUCACCAGAACCCAUAGAACAGCACUCAUGAUUUCAGUAAAAUCUGCACGGAGAAACCAUUUUGUGAAGAACCUCUUGGAGACUAUGUCUGCAGAGGAUCUGGCUGUACGUAAUAAUUAUGGCGGGACAGCUCUACAUCAUGCUGCAUUUGCUGGGAACAUCAAGGCAGCCAAGUUCUUAGUGGACAAGAACCCCAACCUGCCACAUUGUUGUGACGAUGAUGAACUGUCACCUCUCCUUGCAGCUGCUUUACAUAGUCGAAGCAAGAUGGUUCGUUACUUAUGGAAGGUGACCAAAGAAGAAAUUUGUCCCAUACCAUUUGAGGGUGAAGCUGGUGCUAAUCUUGUUAAAGCUCUUAUGGUUGAUGGUCCAUAUGAUAUUGCUCUAUCAUUGAUUCAGCGCAACUCCGAGCUGGCAUGGGUGCAACCUUCUCCGCUGAAAAUAAUUGCUUCGAGAAGUUCUGCAUUUAGAAGUGGAGCAGUCUUAAACUGGUGGCAAAACUUAAUUUACUCUUAUGUUCCCACAAAGUUAGAAGAGACUACAUACUACCAUGGUGGAGGGGAUAUUGAGAAUCCUGCUGAUAAAUGCUUCCUUUCAGUGCCACAAGUGAAUUCCAUUCAAGAGAUGAAAUUGAAACACUUGCAAGCAUGUCAAUUUGUCAAACAUCUUUGCAGCAACAUUUUGAAACCCAAUUACUCAAAAGCUAAAGAGAUCAUUAAAUCAUCUUUAAUGAGUGCAGCAAGUUCCGGAAUUCCUGAAGUUAUUGAAGAAAUUUUGGAGGUAUUUCCAGAAUUAGCCUAUUGCAGAAAUGAGAAGGGACAACAUAUAUUCCAUGUUGCAAUUUUAAACCGUUGCGAAAGUGUAUUUAACCUCAUUUAUCAAUUUCACGAGGAGGUGAGACAAAUUAUAUUAUCAACUGUAGACUCAAACAGUAACAGAUGCUUAGAAUUGGUUGCAGAUUUAGGAAAAGAGCAAAAACUUCAUCUUAGAGCUAGUGCAGCUGGUGCGGCUCUACAAAUGCAACGCGAAUUGCAGUGGUUCAAGGAAGUAGAAAAAUCUUCAUUUGAUCAUUUUGAUUAUAACACUGAUAAAAGGAGUACGCCCAGAAUAAUAUUUACUGAGACACACGAGGAGUUGGUCAAAGAAGGAGAGAAAUGGAUGAAAGACACCGCCACAUCAUGCACAAUUAUAGCAGCCCUUGUUGCUACUAUAGUGUUUGCAGCUGCCAUUACAGUACCAGGUGGAAAUGAUGACAUAAGCGGCCUUCCAAUUUUCUUACAAGAUAAAGCGUUCAUAGUCUUUAUCAUUUCAGAUGUGCUUGCUCUGUUUUCAUCUGUUUCCUCUGUGUUGGAAUUCUUAUCCAUUCUCACUUCACGUUAUGCAGAAAUUGAUUUCCUUUCCACCUUGCCCAAUAGGUUAAUUAUUGGUCUGGUAACCCUAUUUAUCUCCAUAAUAUCCAUGAUGAUCGCCUUUGGAGCCAUACUACAACUUCUUUUUGGACAUAAGAGUACAUGGAUUAUUUUUCCUAUUAUUGCAUUUUCCAGUAUCCCUGUGACUAUAUUUGCGUACUCACAAUUUCCUCUCCUUUUAGAUAUGAUCAAAUCCACUCGUAGCCCUGACAUUUUUCGUCAAAAGAGUGGUCGUAUCCUUUCUUAGAUCUGCAAGUUGAGAAAGAAAAACUGUAAACAUGUAUUAUUUGCUAUAUGUAUCAAUAAAAUUCUUGGAUGAAUAUGCUAAAAUUUUCUUUUUAAUCUUUGUUUAAAUAAAGAUUAUAGAUUUGUCAGACAUUUAUCAUUAUACAAAAUAAUUGCUCC